UCCGUACCCUCAUUCAUUUGGAGAUCACCCACUGACCGUCCGUUAUGCCAGAGCCCGCCAAGACCGCGCCCAAGAAGGGCUCGAAGAAAGCCGUCACUAAAUCUGCCAGUAAACCUGGUAAGAAGAGGAAGAGGACCAGGAAGGAAAGCUAUGCCAUCUAUGUGUACAAGGUACUGAAACAGGUCCAUCCCGACACCGGCAUCUCGUCCAAGGCUAUGAGCAUCAUGAAUUCCUUCGUCAACGACAUCUUCGAGCGAAUUGCCUCUGAAGCUUCUCGCCUGGCCCAUUACAACAAACGUUCAACCAUCACCUCGAGGGAGAUUCAGACCGCCGUGCGCCUUCUUCUGCCUGGUGAGCUGGCCAAGCACGCAGUGUCCGAAGGCACCAAGGCCGUUACCAAGUACACCAGUUCAAAAUAGUCUGCUGCUCCGCCAUCAGUCUCAAUACAACCCAAAGGCUCUUUUCAGAGCCACACACACCUCCGCGUAAGAGUGAACAUUUCCGUUAGCAACGAUUGUAAAUGUCUAUGGGACUAUAUAAAUGUGCUAAGUAAAAUUUAAAAACUACUGUCCUUACUUUGAAUGGAAUAUAUAAAAUAUUUGUCAGUCACAAUUAUGAAUACAAAUUAGUGUCUUUUAUUUUCUGCACAAUGAUAUUGCUGAUACUGAAAUAGAUCUUAAAGCGUUUUUGCCCCUGCCCCAAGCUUGGAUUAAUGUAAUUAUUGGUGUGAUACUGUAUUUUGGUUUUGGAGACAGCAUCAUCAAUUUUUCUGUUUCACAUGAAUUAAGGAUGUGUGCACCCAAUGACCUUUACGUGAUUUUGUGAUAUUUCACGUUAAGUUAUUGCACUAUUAAAAGCCGGGGCAUUUUAUUGGUAAGUAUAAAAUGCUAGCCCGACACCGCAGGCAUAUUGUCAAUGUUUUUUUUGUUUUCUCUUUGAAGGCACAGUGAUAAGAAAAAAUGUCCCCCCAGAUAUUACUCAGGAACAACUGCACAAAAAUGUAAUAAAAUUCUUCCUUUCAUUGAA